AUGAAAGCGCAGAAGAAGGUUCUGCGAGCGCUUCACAGCUACUUGAAAACAGGGAAAACAUCGAAAGAGGAAGAGAAGCCACAUGCAAAAGCUGAGUACUGCAGAGAUCCACCAGUUAUGACCAAGGAUCUAGCGAGCAAUAAACAUGAAAGAAGUUUGGAGACAUCCGGCGACUCGGGGUUCUCAGAAGCCAAGGAUGAUCCAGUUGGCACGCGUAGGACGGGAUCUGCUCGACGCAGACGGUGGCAAGCAUUGCAGGCGAAAAUGGCGAGGAGGGCCGAGGAGUUGGGUGUUUCCUACGAUGUGAUUUUCGAGGUGCGCAUGUACAGCUGCUCGCCCAAGUCACCCGAGUUGGAGGCGACAUUGGACCAGGAGUUCGAGCUCUUCUCAACCUACCAGGUGGCUGUGCACCACGACGCACCGGAGAAGUGGACACGCGACAGCUUCAUCGCUUAUCUUGUAGACAGCCCACUGGUGUCCACUCACGAUGCGGAGGCGGAGGCCAAUGGCGCUCCACAAUUCGGCACCUACCACCAACAGUACUGGCUGGAUGGCAAGAAACUCAUUGGUGUCGGUGUGAUAGACAUAGUUCCUGGUUGUCUCUCCUCUGUUUACUUCUUCUACGAUCCCGCCUUCGCCUUCCUCCGUCUCGGCACAUACUCUGCUCUCCAAGAAGUAGCUUUCGUUCGCCACUUGCAUCGCACUUACGGAUCAGUUGUGCCAGCUUACGCCGAUUUUACAUUCUACCAUAUGGGCUUCUACGUUCACUCCUGUGGUAAAAUGGUGUACAAGAACAACUACUUGCCCUCCUACCUUGCCUGUCCGGAGACCUACGAGUGGAUUCCAAUAGAGCGGUGCCAGCGUCUGCUGGACCGUAACAGUUAUGCUCGAUUUGCAGAGCCAACUGUGGCGAAGAUGCCAAGUGUCGAUGUUGACAAAGUGGUUCUUCUCCUCCCUUUGUCCACAUCGUUGGCUUGGAUUCUGCCAAAGCCCCAAUUCACUGUCGAAGGCAACACCAUCGUCACUACUGUUGGUGCCGCUAGGCGAAUACUGAGCGAGCACGACUUCCAGUUGGUGCGAGAUUGGGCCAAUCUGGUACCUUCUAUUGGCACCAUACGAAUUAACUUUACUCACUAA